AUGCCACUGCCACUCGUCACUUUGAUCGGCGUCCUCCUCAACGCUACCAUCGGAGCCGCCAUCUUCCAAGCCGCCGAAGACCGGGAAGCUGCCAAGCAUGUUCCCGCGGACGUCUUACAUGCGUCCGUGGACAAAUGGAUCAUUCCUUGUGACGCCAUCGAACCGCCUUCGUACCGGGCCUGGCCUUGGUGCAUCCAUCGUCCGCGAACUUCCUUGUGGAUGUUGGACGCAUUGGACACGAUACAGGACUACUGCUAA